AUGUCAAUGAAAGAGAUCAUAGAACGGGCUGCUGAAUUGUUUGAAAUGACUUUCACCAAACAAGAGUUGGAAGUGUUGUUGCAGUUUGAUGAUAUCAAACAAAUACUGACCGCCAACAAAAAUGCCGCCAGAAAAAUUGGAGCAAAAAUUGUAGAAAGAGUUCAAACAAAUAGUGGUAAGAGUGUGAUUACUUUUACACAAACUAGAGAUGUUGCUCCAGAAAGAAGUUUAUACUCCACUAUACUGUCUUCGUUAUUUAUGGAUGGUUCCAGACUCACAAUUCCUCAAAUGCGGGACGUCUGUAAACUUAUAAGAAUGAUCCUUGAAGUUGCAGGAGUCGACGAAAACACUGACUUAAAAAUGUUCUGA